AUGACAGUUAUUCAUGCAGAUGAUGAUAAUGUAAAUAUGGAUGUAUUAUUUCCAAUAAGAGAUGAAGACAAAUUGCAAGUGUUUGAAGAAAAAUCAAAAGAUUUUGAUUUUAGAUCAACUUUGGAGGGUAAAAUUGCAUUACUAGUAGGUAAUAAAGAUCUUGGUAAUAGUAUUAGGAGAAUUAUGACGCGCAUGUUUGAUGAUCAAUUCCUAUAUGCAUUGAGAAAACAUCUUAAAUACAAACACAACACAGAUAAGGAGAUUGAUAUUCCUUUAGGAACAUGGCUUGCUCACACCCCAUUUAGGUUAAAAACAAAAAAACAAUCGGAAGAAGAGGAACAAUAA